GAUGCUGCAGGUCGCUAAUCAAGGAUGAUGAGUUUCAGGUGUGUUCCUUCUUUGCUUCAUGUUGACGGCCACAUUAGGAAACUUAACCAGAAGAGACGUUUUCAACGCACCGCCACCACAAUGCCUCUUGCUCCUCUGUGCUUCACACUUCCUCUAUACAUUCUGUCUGGAUUAGUGGCAAUCCAGUGCUACACAUACCAGACCAAACCUCUUUUCCUGUCUUUCUCGGAGAUGGCCGCCCUUGAGGCCGACUCUUUGCAUGAGACAAACAGACCUCACUUUGGGGAUCCCGUCGGCGGUCACGAGGUCAAGACAUUUGUGUUGAAAUGUCACGAGGACAGCAUGGAGGUUGUGAUGAAAGCUGAUCUGUUUGACCCGGGCCGGCCUGUGGAGCCCACGCACUUGAGGCUCGGACCUUUCAGUGCCGUGCGAGAUCACUGCGCGGCCAGAGUGUCUGGAAAUGGGGAGUACAUCAUCAGAGCACCUCUGACUGAGUGUGGGAGUAAAGUGACGUUUACCCAGAGUGCUGUGCUCUACAACAACCUGCUGCUGUACUCUCCUCCAGCAUCACCUGGAGGCAUGUUGCGAGCAGAAGGAGCUGCUGUUCCAGUCCAGUGUGGAUAUGCAAGGAGGUACACAGUGAGCAGCCGGGCCCUGAAACCAACCUCCAUCCAGUCAACACACCUGGACUUCCACCUCAGGCUCAUGACAAAUGACUGGAGCAGUGAGAGAAAGUCGUCCCUUUACUUCCUGGGUGACGUGGUCAACAUGGAGGCCUCUGUGGAUCAUCAUCACCUUCCUCUGCGUCUGUAUGCAGACAGCUGUGUGGCUACUCUGACCUCCGAUGUGAAUUCUUACCCCAGAUACCCCUUCAUAGACCACCACGGAUGUUUUACAGACUCACAGCUGGACGGCUCGAGCUCCCGUUUCCUGCCCAGAGUCCAGGGCGAACUGCUCCACAUUCGACUUGAACCUUUCCUCUUCCACCAGGACCACCGACACACUAUAUACGUAACAUGCUACCUGGAAGCAGAGCCCAGUUCAAACAAGCACCCAGUGAAAAAGGCUUGUUGGUUUAUGAGGGGAAGGUGGAGGUCAGUGGAUGGUGAUGACGGUGUUUGUGGGAGCUGCAGCAGAGUGGAGACAAAUGACAUCAGUGGUGCCAAGUCCAACCACAAGAGGGCGCUGAUGAUCACAGCCAAGCCCAGACAAACGGAGCUGCACCGAACCAAUUUGCGUCCAAUGAUAUUUCUCCCGUUUAAAACGCAAACAUCUGUAUUGAAGUGA